UCCUCUAAACAUUUUUAUCCAUCCUUCUUCCCGCACCAUUCUCACUCUCACUCUCACUCUCACACUCUUUCUCUCCUCUUCCAAUGGCUCUUCUUCUAGACAACUGUGAAGGCAUUUUACUCUCGUUGGACUCACACAAAUCCGUGCCAGCACCUUUCCUCACUAAAACAUACCAACUUGUCGACGAUCCCACCACAGAUCACAUAGUUUCAUGGGGCGAAGACGACACCACCUUCGUCGUUUGGCGUCCACCAGAGUUUGCAAGAGACCUUCUUCCCAACUACUUCAAACACAACAAUUUCUCAAGCUUCGUUCGCCAACUCAACACCUAUGGUUUUAGAAAGAUUGUGCCGGACCGGUGGGAGUUCGCAAACGAAUUCUUCAAGAAGGGAGAGAAACACUUGCUAUGCGAGAUCCAUAGAAGAAAAACGGCACAGCCUCAACAAGGAAGCAUGAACCAGCAUUCUCAUCUUGGAGUCAACGUCAACGUUCCAACUUUUUUUCCCUUCUCCGGCAGAGUCAGCAUCUCUCCCUCCAACGACUCCGACGAGCAAGCCAAUUGGUGUGACUCGCCGCCACGUGGAGCCACCUCAUUGGUGAACGGUGCAGCCAACUACGGCACUUCCGUCACCGCGCUUUCCGAGGACAACGAGAGACUCAGGCGAAGCAACAACAUGCUCUUGUCCGAACUCGCGCACAUGAAGAAGCUUUAUAAUGACAUUAUCUACUUCGUUCAGAACCAUGUCAAGCCAGUGGCUCCGAGCAACUCUUAUUCCUCUUCUUUGCUUCUAUCAAAUACACCUUCUGCUACUCCAAUAAGCAGUGCCAAUGUUUUAAUGAUGCAAAGGCCAAUGAACCAGCUUCUGGGGUAUUAUUCCAGUAACCCUAAGCAAGGAACUGCACAACCUCAACCUCAGAACUAUGUUGUGAACUCUCCCACCAACACAUCGAGGAGUUCUAUAACGAUUGUUGAAGGGCAUAGCAGUAAUGGUAACAACUGCAAGACCAAGCUUUUUGGGGUGUCGCUGCAAUCCAAGAAAAGGGUGCACCCGGAUUAUGGAUCUAAUUCGGAGACCAACAAGGCUCGCUUGGUUUUGGAAAAGGAUGACUUGGGCUUGAAUCUUAUGCCUCCAUCCACUUGUUAGUUUCACAACUGAUUAAUUCCAUCAAGUAUGAUAUGAUGAUAUCCCAAGCUAGCUAGCUACUUAUUAAUUAAUUUUCUUUUACUUGCUUGAUUUGUUUUCUUUUUCUUUUUUCUAUUUAAUUUUUAAAUCAUUACUACUCUCAAGUUUUGGAGAAGGCAGAUGAUGAUAUUGAUGUGUGUGCGUGCGUUUGUUUGUGUGACUGUUUUGUGAUUCUGUGUACAUAUAACUUAGUGCCGAUAUUAUUAUCUUUGUUCCCGACCCAUCAUCUAUCGAUGUGGUGGGUUUUGGUUAGGGUAAAAGAUGAGAAAUUAAAGCAAACUUUAAAUGUU